AACUCACUCCCACUUCUUCCUCCUAUCUACCAAACACAGCCCACCAAAGCCAACCCUUCAAAAUGCCUUUCAUUGAAAUUCCCGCGCCCAGGCUCUACGAGGACCUCAUCAACAGACCCCAGCCCACCCUCGUUUAUUUCUUCGACGGAUCAGCUGGACGUACUGGUGAAUACCAAAUCUUGGAAUCAGGAAACCACCCCGGUAGCCAGCUUGAGACAUUCUUUGUUGAUGUUGCCCUAUUCCCCGUUCCAGACGGUCCGAAGGAGGUGCCUGUGACGAUUCUCUUCCGCGAAGGCCAACAGUUGGGUACUGCCGUGCAAGGAGACAUUCCUACAUUCUUCAAGCUUCUUCAGCAAGCUGAACAAGAGUCUUGAAAUUAUGAAGCGACAGCCUUGUCGUGAAUGAUGUAUUUAGAUGACUGGGUUGGCCUGAGUAUUAUUGAAGAUCGAGUUUUAUUUUUUAUAUUUAUUCAGUAUUUUCCCGGAGUGGAAAUGUGGCUGGCCUCAGCUGAGCCUCGCUUCAGGUGAGAGCUGAACGUAACCCCGCCAGCCCCGCCAUGAGCUAGCCAGUACCGUAUCUAAGA